AGCCGUCUUGACUAUUGUAAUGGUUUAUUGUUUGGCUUACCAAAUGUGCAGAUCGCUAAAUUACAGCGUGUACAGAAUGCAGCAGCAAGACUUAUUCUUGGCAUUGGAAAGUUUUCUCACAUUACACCGAAGCUUUAUGAGCUUCACUGGCUGCCGGUUUCUUUGCGUAUUGACUAUAAGAUUUUACUUUUGACUUUCAAAUGUAUUUAUGGCCUAGCGCCAACUUAUCUUAGCGAUCUUAUUACAGUUGAACCCCGCUAUUUCGAAGUCCCAAGGGAAAUGGAAAAAAGUUCGAAAUAGCGGGGUUUCGAAAUAACCGGGGAAGCGUAAAAUUCGUAACAAUGAAUCAUUUUUUAAUAAAGUACAGUACAGUAUGAAGAAAGACACUGAUUAAAUAAAAAUACGUACAGUAAUUCUAGUCGGAUAAAUUAGCAGAUGCUGUUGCAUUGAAAACUCUUUGAAUGUUCUGUUGUUUUUGGUUUUUUCUAAUACUUUUGUCGAUCGUGAAUGACACUGCACGUGUUGCCUGUCUCCCUCACGCGCGCCCGUUCUCUCUUUCGCCCACUACUAGGGAGUUUAAGAUACGGCGACUUUUACGGCGACUACGGACUACGGCUACGGAUAAAUAUGCUACUGCGCAUGAUCAAAACCACGUGACUGUUCAUUUUUCCCGCGUAGUCUUGCGGCUACGGUGAGUUGUUGAGCUGUUUCGCGUAGUCGGGACUACGGAGAACAUUUUGCUCGUAUUUUGCAGUCUCGGUAAUUCAAGAAUCUCGUCUUUUCGUAAAAAAGUUUUCAAUUCACCUGCUUUAAGUGAGAGGGAAGCGAAAUAUGUAAGUUGUGUCUAAUUUCUGCUCAGAUUUACGCUUUUAAUCCACUGUUGUGACUACAUUUUUAUCUAGCUAAAUAAGCUUAGCUGUUUAUACGCAGAAUUCAGAUUGACGGCCUAGGAGAAGAGAAAUCAUGCAGGUAAUUUACUUUCUCUUCGCACUUGAAAAGUUUCAAUGUUUGUUCGAACUGAUUAGUGAGUCUUUGCGCUUGUGUAACCUUUAUUUAUGCGAGUUUUUGUAUCGCGCCGUUUGCUGAAUGAAAAUGAUGUAAACAUGCUCGAGACAAUCGAAACUCGGCAUUUCAGUACUUCAAACUACAUCAGAUCAGAAGUCGGGGAAGUCCAUCUUCUAAAUCUAAUAAAUGAGCUAUUACUAUUUCUGUCUAUAUCUUUAAUAUUUGACAUAAGUAUCCAUGGGCGAAAAAAUAAAACCUGUGUAACCAAAACUUUGUUUACCAAUUUCACCCGACGUAAUUGCUUCCUUCAAGUAUGGAAGAAUUUGUUCAUUGUUCUAAAGAUAAGAUCAGAUGCAAUACUGACUUGCAUUUUUGUGAACUGCGAUGAAAACAAGAAAAUCUUUGCGUGUUGUUUCCCUCUCCGCCUCUUCUGUCGUAGUCUACUGUCUGUAGUGCAAUCUUAACGUUCUAUAUUUGCACGACUCAACCCAGUGCUACGAACAAAGGACAACGCUCGUCCAGCCGUAGUUCGUAGUCCGUAGUCUCCGUAUCUUAAACUCCCUACUUCAAAGUGCCUGCUACGCAGGCUACUGCACGUGAGUCAAGCAUUGGUCAUUAAUUACGCAACACGAGCCCAAAUAAAAUGCAAUACGUUUCCAGCUGUGCCCUUAUGUACGUACGCUGUUUUUGACAAGGUCGAUAUAACGGGGUUGAUUUAAGGUGUAGGGAAAGAACGAUGAGUUCGAAAUAGCGGGGAAUUCGAAAUAACCGAGUUCGAAAUAGCUUAUAGUAAAUGACUAAAAACGUAAGGGUAAAUCCAAGGGAAUUCGAUCUUCCUUCGAAAUAGCGGGGACUUCGAAUUAACCGAGUUCGAAAUAGCGGGGUUCAACUGUAGUAUAAAAUCGAAUUCAUUAUAUACAUUACUGGUAAGCUCUUAUUGGACCAUCCCAAGGGAAAGAUGCUUACAACAUUGGGAGCAAGAUCAUUCUCAGCAGCAGCUCCGAAACUCUGGAAUGAGCUACCUGUAGAGCUUCGUCAAGCAACAUCACUUAGCAGUUUUAAAUCUCGACUUAAAACCUAUCUUUUUAAGAAGUAUUUUUAUAGUUUGUAA